GGGGGGCGCCGCGGUCAGCAUGCUGCGCGGACCCCGACCUCUGGCUCCCGCCGCCUUGCAGCUCCCCGAGGGGAUGACCGCCUUGAGCCCCCCGGAGCUGUGGUCGCCCGGCCUCAGCAGCCCCCAGCUCUGCCCGGCCACCACCACCUACUACGCCUCGCUGUACCCGCAGACGGCGCCUCUUGUCGUGGCCCCCAGCAGCUGUCUCGACGCCACCCCCCACCGACCCGAGGGCCAAGUGGUGCGCUGCGUGCCUGCUGGCCGGCUGCCGGCCAAAAGGAAGCUGGACCUGGAGGGCAUCGAGAGGCCUGCAGUCACUGAAUUCCGGACUCCCCUGGGGAAGUGCAUCCCAGUGGAUGGCCUGCCCAGUCCCAAAACUCCCAAGUCCCCUGGGGAGAAGACUCGGUAUGACACUUCACUGGGACUGCUCACCAAGAAGUUCAUUUACCUCCUGAGCGAGUCACAGGAUGGGGUCCUGGACCUGAACUGGGCUGCGGAGGUGCUGGAUGUGCAGAAGCGGCGCAUCUAUGACAUCACCAAUGUGCUGGAGGGCAUCCAGCUUAUCCGCAAGAAGGCCAAGAACAACAUACAGUGGGUAGGCAGGGGAAUAUUGGAAGACCCCACCCGGCCUGCGAAGCUGGGGCAGGAGCUGAAGGAGCUGAUGAGCACGGAGCAGGCCUUGGAUCAGCUUAUCCAGAGCUGUUCUCUGAACUUCAAGCACCUGACUGAGGAUAAUGCCAACAAGAGACUGGCCUAUGUGACUUACCAGGACAUUCGUGCUGUGGGCACCUUUAAGGAGCAGACGGUGAUUGCUGUCAAGGCCCCUCCACAGACCAGGCUGGAAGUACCCGACAGGGCUGAGGAGAGCCUGCAGAUAUAUCUGAAGAGCACCCAAGGGCCCAUAGAAGUCUACCUGUGUCCAGAGGAGGUACAGGAGCCUGACAGUCCUGCCAAGGAGCCCCUCCCCUCCACCUCUACCCUCAGCCCCAGCUCUGACUGUGCCCAGCCCAGUAGCAGUACCAACCCUGGGAUCUCGGAGCCAGCAGUGUCCUCAGCUCUAGCAUUGACUCCUCAGCAAUCCCUGCCACCUCCAGCGCCAUCCCUUGUCCCCUUGGAGGCCACCGACAGCAUGCUGGAGCUGCCACAGCCACUUCUGCAGCAGACCGAGGACCAGUUGCUGUCCCCAACCCUGGCCUGCAGCUCCCCUUUGAUUAGCUUCUCCCCGCCUUUGGACCAGGAGGACUACCUCUGGGGCCUGGAUGGGGGCGAAGGCAUCAGUGACCUCUUCGACUCCUAUGACCUUGGGGACCUGUUGAUCAACUGAGUGACCCUGUCUGUCCCCAGCAGACCCUCCCCCCCACCUCUACCUCCUCACAGACUGACUGACAAGGGACCUUGGACACAAGGUACUGCCCUCAGGGUAUGAGGUCUCCUCUCCUUUCCAACUUCCCUGGCAGAAGCCAGCUGGGCCAUGUGGAGAUGGGUGAGGAGCAUGUCAGGGGUUGGGGUCUUGUUCUUCCUCUUCUGACCUCUGACCUUUCACAUGAAGGACCACAGGUACAGGUGACCAUGUUCAGGGAAAGGCCCUGCCCCUCCUUUUGAGAGGCCAGUAGGGCCCUUGAUUUUCCAAGAAGCACUUAAU